GAGAGCUGGUCGUGCUGACCCCCGCUGCCCCGGAAGAUGCCCUGGCCCUAGAAAGUUGGUCUGCCCCGUGAUGGAUCUCAGCGCCUGACUGCUUUGCCAUGGCGAUGAUCCUGACCCGGCCUCUUGAAAACAAAGGUGCUGCUGACUCCAUCACAUGCAAGCCUUUACACCCUGAGCUGCACACUCCAAAGAAGAUGAGUCAAGGAUCCACACUUUUCUCCUGCGGAAUGAUGGAAAAUGGCCGAUGGAGAGACCUGGACAGGAAGUGCCCCCUUCAGUUGGAGCAGGCCGGCCAGAGUAUCUGGGACUGCCUGCCUGAGAAGGGGCCGGACAGCUCCCUCUGGUCCAGAGACUCGGCCGCCACCUGCUCCGUGACCAACCUGAUCAAAGACCUCAGCCUCAGCGACCACAAUGGCAACCCGUCGGCGCCCCCCAGCAAGCGGCAGUGUCGUUCCCUGUCUUUCUCGGAUGAGAUGUCCAGCUGCCGGACAGCAUGGAGGCCCUUGGGAUCCAAGGUCUGGACUCCUGUUGAGAAGAGGCGCUGUUACAGCGGCGGGAGCGUGCAGCGCUACUCCAGCGGCUCCUGCCCCAUGCAGAGGAGCUCCAGCUUCAGCCUUCCGUCCCGUGCCAACACGCUCUCCUCCUCCUCCUCCUUCUCAGAUCAGGCUGGUUUGCACAACAGAUUUGGAGGGCAGCCCUGCCGCGGGAUCCCGGGCUCAGCUGCCUGUGCACAGGCCGGAGACAUCUGGUGUAGUGACCCAGUGUCUGCCGGUGGGCGCAGGGUGGACAUCCAGCGGUCCCUCUCAUGUUCUCAUGAGCGGUUCUCAUUUUCAGAAUAUUGUCCUCCUUCCGCCAGCAGCACCCCUGCCUCCACCCCUGAGCUGGCGAGACGCUCCAGCGGCCUGUCCCGGAGCCGAUCCCAGCCGUGUGUCCUUAAUGACAAGAAAGUGGGAGUUAAGCGACGGCGGCCUGAAGACCCUCAGGAGCUAAGGCCCUCCCUCGACCUUGCCAAGAUGACGCAGAAUUGUCAAACCUUCAACAGCCUCAGCUGCCUUAGCACCAUGGUGGAUGACUGCGGUCAGCAGAGCCCGUUUGCCGCCAGCACGAAUAACCCCAAGUCCUGGACAGCCUUGCUCUCUGCCUCCACCAGCACAGAAGGCAGGGAGCCUGUGGGGACCCCUGGCCUGGACCCUCCUCCCACCACCGAAGAAUGUACGCUUAGCAAAGAGGAUCUGUCCUUUGAGGAGUCAGACUGUGGCCUCCCCGAUGAGGAGGGCGGCCGGCGGGAAGAGGACCGGGCCUCGGCCUGGCGGAUCGCAGGGACAGACGGGGCCAACAUCUUCCCUUUGGACGGUGAACUGGACAUUGAGCAAAUAGAAAACAACUAAGGGAGGACAAAAGCCAUGACUUCCCUACCGUCUGCAUCGGGUUUGGGAAUAGGCAUGGGGGCAGGGGCCAGGGCCCAGCAGGGAGCGCUCAGCCCCUCAGGGGCAGUGAUGGGGGGUUGGCACAUUGGGCCCAGGCCCUGGCCUCGCUCCCAAGUGUCCCCUUUGUGUCCCAGAGGAGUGAGCCUCCCUCUGGAACACCUCCCCAGGCCUCCAGGAAUUGCUUGCUGACUGGUCCUGGCCAUGUCCAGGCCCCCGCUUCUCUCUGGCCUCUCCUUGGCCAGCAGAUUGAAUCCCAUGCAGGCGACUAAAGCGAGUAGCUUUGCCAAAAUGUUUUCAGGUAUGCCCAGCAUCUCCUACCUUGGAGUUCUGCCCUCUACUGUAGCCAUGUAGCCGCUCAUUCAUUUUCUCAUGAGACUUGAAAAGCAAGAAUGACCAUGCCCUCUGCCUGGGGGCGUCCCCAGCCUUUCCCCAUCAGGUUCUGGGCGUCUCUCUCGGGCACUGGAGGAAAGGCCGGUUCAGGAUGAAUGUAGGGAUCUGAAAGGGAAAGAGGCUUGAGUCGGGGGUGUGGGGUGUUGGAUGGGGGGCCUGGUGCCAGCUCUUCUCCUGGGGAUGUCCAGACUGCACACGUUUCCUGGCUCUUGCUUCGGGAUGGGCCACAGGGGGUCAGGGAGCAGUUUAGCCAGCACCCUCGGGAGCACUGGACCCUAGUCAGAGAUCAGUGGCAGGGGCUUCUAGGUGCUUCAUAGGGUCUCUGGGGCUCCAGGUCAGGCUUCCCCUGAGAGUCUUCUCACUGCUUUUCAGCUCCAACCAGAGAUUGGUGGGGAGCUCCCAGGAAGGGUCAGAGCUGGUAUCGGGGCUGGCAGGAGAUGCCGUGGUGCCAACAGGAUUCUUUUGUUUGGCCAAACGAAGGGUGGCAGCCACAGCUUUAGCCAGCUGUCAUUGGCUACUUGGGCCACCCAGAGCAAACACCAGGCCCAUUUCCCAUGGGAAGAGCCCACACCAGCCAGCUUAGGACCCUCGGUGCAGAGGGAUCAUGGGACUGACUUGGACAGCUGUGACUCGAUGGUGAAUGGCCUGCACUGAACAGGCAAGGGUAGGAAAUUCAAGCCCUUGGGGAAAUCAGGAAGUGUUGUCCUUUAUUCAUGGCUGCUCCCAGACUCAGUUGAGGCACACACCUUGUCUAAAUGAAGGCUUCCCUUCAACCAUAAAACUGUGAGUAGGAUUCCAUAUUGUGAAUUUGCCAAGUGCCCUUCCCUGUUGGGCACAGGAGCAAGGGCUGGGUCAGUCCUGGCCAAUGGGUGGGAGUCGGCUUUCCCAUUUCUGAUCCACCCCCAAGCCUUCCACUCUGCACACACGGGCCUGCCCCCUGCCCUUGGGGGGCUUCCCCUCCCCGCUCAGCUCCAGUCCCCAAGUCCCUCUAGCAAACACACCCCAGGAAAAGCCUUGCUCUCUCUCUGCCGCCCUGUGUCUCUAUUUCUCUUCCUCCUUCCCUCUCCCUCUCUCUGUCUCUGUCUGUCUGUCUCUCUCUCUCUCUCACCUGACUUACAUCACCUAUAGUAAUGAGAACUCGUGUGCCUAAUACUUUGUGGCCUCAAAGGGCCUUAUGUGGACCUCACCGCCGCCAGGUGAGCAGCGUACAAGUGGUGUUGCUAUUCCCAUGUUAAGUGAGCAAACUGAGAUUCCUAGAGGUCCUGGCUCUUGGGAGCAAUGAGACCCUGCCCCGAGUGCCCAAGCCACGUGCCCAAGGUCACACAGUUAGUAAGUGAUGGGGGUGGGACUCGGCUGCCCAGUCUUUCAAAGUCUCACAUCCCUCCCUGCCUCUCUCCCACUCCCCCUUCCUCCUCUUCCUCCCCCUCUUUCCCCUCCCCCUGCCUGUCCUCCUCAGUAUCCAGUGGGUGCAUGUGAGCAGAUUUCAGGCAGGGCUUUUCUCCUCAUUAAACCCAACCUGACCAGACACCACCUUCCUACGUCCCUGGGAUGGAGGUAGCUUUGGAGCCCCUCGCUCCUGUCUUCUUCCACUGAGAACUGACUGUCUCAUGUCCCGAUUAAGCGCCCGUGGUUCUCCUUCCUUUUGAAUCUGGGAACCUCGUGCAGGUGCUGAUGCCAUUUUUUGGGCCGUGUCGAUACCUCUGAAGGCAUCUGGGCUGGGCCAGCCCCAGCGCAGGCGGCUGUAGCCCUGCCCAGGGAGGGGCCCCGAGGGACGGCAGAGGCCUGGUGGGUUGGUGUCUAACAAAAAGCUAGAAGAGCCCCAGGACCUCCUCGAUGCCCCCCUUCUCUCUAGCGCUCUCCUUCCUCAGUCUUUGCGAAGGGAGAAUUGCCAUCCCCUCCUGUGGUCAGGGCGAGUCUUGGCAUUUUUAGGGUCAUUUGCAGAGGAACAGUGCAAUGUAGGUUGAGAAGAUUGUUAUGUUUAUAAAAAGGACAUGGAGAGAUGCCAGGGAAGCCAAAGGAUUGAGGUUGGAACAUCCCCUGGCCAUAGCCAAGUCCUCCACCCUGGGGGGGGUCCUGACGUCAUCCUAGAAUUAGGGUCUUAAGAGAGGUCAGCUCCUCCCAGAACCAACUCUCAGGGUCUCCCAGCUCUGCCUUUGGGGUGGUCAGUGCUGACUGUGUCCAGGCCGCGGCAAUGCCUUUGUUCCUGGAGAUGGAGAUCCUGAUGGGCUUGUAUUCUAACUGGACUUGGCCUGUGAUAGUACCAUGAAGAAGAUGAACAUUGUCAUGACCUGACCCUCAUCAUCAGGGUGGGAUGUAGCCAUUUGAGAAAGCCACAAGAAGCCCCUCUCUCUGGCCUUGCUGGAGGCUUCCCCAUCAAUCAGAAGGACUUGGAAGUGGGUGGCUCCCUGCCGGGCCAGGUGCUUGGUGCUGGCCUAGCUGCAUCCACUCAUGUCCUCUCUUGCAUCAAAGACAACCCAAGGAAGCUGAGCAUGUGCUAUUGCCAAUGGCCCAGGCUUUCUUAUGCUCUGCUAAUGAAAGGGUUUCUUCAGAAGGGAGUGAGAGGAGUGGUGUCUGGCGCUGAGGUUUGGGCUGCCCUGCCCAGGCUGCAUCCUCUCCUCCCCUUCUUCCCUAAUUCCAGGGCCAGGGAUUUCAGAGAACAUCCUUGUCCCUCCCUCCGCUUUUCAAAGCUCUCAGCUGGGGUCUCUCUCUCUUGCCUUCAGGAUGUCCCAUGGCAUAAUUGGGGGCCUCUUCUCAAACCCCACAUGUUAUUUUUUUCUCCAGGUGCUUCAGAGGAUGCAUUUGUCUGGGGAAUGAGGGAGCCUGUUUCUCUGUGGGAGGUGUGGCUGGGGUUGGUCCAUCAGCUAUGCUGUUUGGUGGAGCCAAAGUGACGCUUGGUUCAGGCCCAUGGGCUGAGGCCAAGGGGAUGAUGCCCAGCAGUUGUUCCUGACACUGGGGAGGAUUCUUGAGAACCCAGCCCCUUUCUAAUUGAUGGUAUCCAUAGCCUUGAAAAGCAACAAAGGGUUGAUUUUGUCCCUUUUUAAAGAGAUAAAAAGCAAACAUUGGAAAAUGAAUUCUAUGACCCUGGUUUGUGGGCACAUCAGUGACUGGUUAGCAUCUUCCAAGAGGCUUUUGCUAAUCUGGGCUAACAUGGAAUCAAAGACCUCAUGUUUCGGGGGGGGGGGGCGGAGGGGGCUGGAGGGCCUGGAGACCUGCUAGUCUGUGUGGACGCUGUCUCCCAGCACUGGUCCCAGCCCAUCUGUCCCUUCCCAGCACUUCCAGGUGCCCUCUGUAGCACAGCUGGAUGCACCCUCAGCUGGUGACUAGUCCCUGCCCUGCCCCAGCCGUCACCACUGGCGCUGCUACAGGGACCCCACACAAAUCGUCAUGGCCAGUGGCCAAUCUUCCUUUUUCCCUCACACUCCUUCCCAAACUGGGGGAGGAACUUGGAUUUCAGGUGGAGACAAGGUUCCCUCUGAGAGAUCCUGGUUCACCCCUAUCCUCAGGCUUUCCUUCCCCAUAAAAAGAAAUCCCAAAUACCACCAGCCAGUGGUUCCCUGUCAAGGUAGAGAGCUGGAGAUUGUAGAACCCACCUCUAAGUACCUAAGGGAGCUUGGGAGAACCAGGCCUUAAGGCCACUUGGUGGGGGUUUUUUUUGGGGGGGGGUCCCUGUUAAAGAGGCAUAAUCUCCUUUACAUAUCAUUCACUUGGAAUUCCAAAGGGCUUCUUACACACGAACACACACACACACACACACCUUACACCUGAAAAAGGGUUGCUUCACCCCAAGGGGCUGGCCCCAGGCAGGAGGAGACCCUGCCACAUGAGAUCACAUGAAUGUCCAGUUUACACGACAACAAACCCUUUUGCCUUACUCAAAAAGCUGGUGCCAUGGGCAUUGGCCUGGGGGUCCACCAACUUGACCCCAAACCACAGUGACAGAAAUGGAGAUUUCCGGGCCAACAGGGGCAUUCCUGGUUUGGGAUUUGUGUACCAAUUUUCAGUUUUCAAAAGCCUUACUUUUCAAACAAAUUUUUUGUAGUUGGUAAACUUUUGUGAAUUUGUAUACAUACAUAUAUAUAUGUAUAUGUAUAUGUAUGUAAAGAAAAUGUAAUAAUAAAGAAGG